AUGGCGCGCACCCACAAUCCAAAGACCCAUCUCGCGCCGCAUAUUGAGCGCAAAUCUCGCACUCAAAAAGCCCAGAAACGCGGUGCUCACAAGGGUCCCAAAAAGGCCGCGGCCGCUGCAAAGGACGAGAUUGCCCCCCACAAAGAGGUCACCGUCGGAGGUGCAAACAACGGCCAGACUCGUCUUGUUCCUACCCAAAAGGCACCACGAUACUAUCCUGCAGAGGACGUCAAGCGGCCCAAGAAGCACCGCAAGACAAACCAUCCAACCAGGCUCAGGGGAAGCCUCACACCAGGCCAGAUUGUCAUCUUGCUUGCUGGUAGAUUCAAGGGAAAGCGUGUCGUCUUCCUCAAGCAGCUCCCCAGCGGUCUCCUCCUCGUCACCGGGCCCUACAAGGUCAAUGGUGUCCCACUGAAGCGCGUCAACCAAGCCUAUGUCAUUGCUACAUCGACAAAGGUCGACAUUGAUGGCAUCGAGCUCGAUGAGUCAAUCAACGACUCGUACUUUUCGAAACCCAAAUCGACGUCGCCAAAGUCAAAGGAGGAGGAGUAUUUCUCGGGUGGAAAGCCAACCACCAAAGAGGCUCACCCGGCUGAAAAGGCCAAGCUGCAAAAGGAUGUCGACGCAAAGGUCAUUGACGCGAUCAAAAAGGUCGAUAACCUCGGCAAAUACCUCAAGGCGUCGUGGGGUCUCUCCAAGGGACAGUUCCCGCAUACCCUCUCGUUCUGA